CUUGUCUGACUAUUUCCCUUGGCCAUUUCUUGUAUUGACGAGAAGAUUUCUUUUUCUUCUUCUUUAUCUCUGUGUUUGUUCUUCUUACUAUCUUAGAUGAGGAAAUGGGAUCCAAAGCCAAAGCCCUUGUGAGACUAACCACAAAACAUGUACAACCUCCGAGUUCUCACAUACAUUUCUUCUGCCUCCUCUGUAUUCUCUUCCUAUCUGCUCUCUUUCUUACACUUUCAGAAGCUGUCUGUAACCCGCAAGAUCGAGAAUCUCUCCUGUGGUUUUCCGGCAAUGUUUCCUCUUCUGUUUCUCCUCUGAACUGGAACCUCUCCAUUGAUUGUUGUUCCUGGGAAGGGAUAACAUGCGAUGAUACACCAGAGAGUCACGUCACCGCAGUUUCCUUACCCCUUAGAGGACUCUCAGGAUACCUCAGCUCGUCUCUUCAGAACCUCCACCGUCUCUCUCAUCUCGACCUUUCUCAUAACCUCCUCUCUGGUCCUCUCCCACCAGGUUUCUUCUCUGCCCUUGAUCAGCUCAUAGUUCUUAACCUUAGUCACAAUAGCUUCAACGGUGAGUUGCCAUUUGAACAAGCAUUUGAUGAUGGAAGCAGCAAGCUCUUCCCAAUCCAGACCGUUGACUUGUCAAGCAAUCUUCUCCAAGGCGAGGUCCUCAAUACUUCUAUAUAUCUCCUGGGAGCUUCCAGUUUAAUCAGUUUCAAUGUUAGCAAUAACAGCUUCACUGGUCCAAACCCUUCCUUCAUGUGCAUGAGUUCACCUCAGCUCAGCAGAUUGGACUUCUCUUAUAACGAUUUUGCUGGCCAUAUCUCCACAGGAUUAGGCACAUGUUUAAACCUUACUGUCCUAAGAGCAGGCUUCAACAAUAUCUCAGGUGAAAUACCUGUUGAAGUCUACAAUCUCUCCGAGCUAGAGCAACUAUUUCUCCCAGCCAAUCAGCUAACUGGAAAGAUUGAUAACAGCAUCACCCGGCUCAAGAAACUAACGUUGCUUGAGCUUUACUUCAACCACCUAGAAGGAGAAAUACCAAAGGACAUAGGUCAUCUUUCAAACUUGCAAAGCCUUCAACUACAUAUUAAUAACAUCACUGGUACAGUUCCACUUUCUCUUGCAAACUGUACUAAACUCGUCAAGUUGAACUUGAGGAUCAACCGGCUGAGAGGAACCUUGACAGAGAUAGAGUUUAGCCGGUUGCAGAGUCUUAGAAUUCUAGAUCUCGGAAACAAUAGCUUCACUGGUGAUGUUCCGGAUAAGGUUUUCUCAUGCAAGUCUCUCACGGCCCUCAGGUUUGCAGGCAAUAAGCUAACGGGUCAGAUAUCUCCUCAAGUAAAGGAACUUGAGUCCCUAACGUUCCUGGCUUUUUCAGACAAUAAUUUAACAAACAUAACAGGAGCUCUCAGGAUUCUUCAGGGCUGCAGGAAACUGUCAACUCUAAUCUUAGCAAAGAAUUUUUACGGUGAAACGUUUCCAAGCAACAUAGACUUUAUAUCCUCAGAUGGAUUCCCUAAACUCCAAAUAUUUGCCAUUGGUGGAUGUCGAAUUAAAGGUGUAGUACCACAGGUCCACAACCGACUCGUAGGGUCUGUUCCUGGUUGGUUGGGAACUCUCCCCAACCUUUUCUACAUCGAUCUAUCAGAGAACCUACUUACAGGAGAGCUGCCAAAGGAGUUCUUUCACCUGAGGGGUCUCAUGACCCAAAAGGAGGAAACAGAAACUAACUAUCUACCGCUGCCUAUUUUUGUCGGAUCCAACAACAUUACCGUUAAUCAGCAAUACAAUCACAUGUACAACUUCCCACCUGCCAUUUACAUCAGAAGGAAUAACCUAACCGGGAGUAUACCUGUAGAGAUUGGCCAGUUAAAGGCUCUUCAAGUUCUGGAGCUUCUUGGCAACUUUUUCUCUGGCGGGAUCCCAGAUGAACUGUCCAACCUCACCAACCUAGAGAGGAUGGACCUGUCCAACAAUAGUCUAUCUGGUAGAAUACCUCCUUCGUUGAGGCAGCUCCAUUUCAUGUCCUAUUUUAACGUGGCUAACAACAGUCUCGAAGGGCCAAUACCCACAGGAGGUCAGUUUGAUACUUUUCCAAAAGCAUGUUUUGAAGGAAACCCAUUGUUGUGCGGUGGUGUGCUUCUAACUUCCUGCACUGCUCCAAGUCGGGAGCCUGCUACAACCACAGAAGAUGAUGAGUUAAAGAGAAUACUUGUCACUGGGAUUGCCAUUGGAUACCUUUUUGGCUUUAUUUCGAUUUUAGUGGUGUGUGCAAGGCAAUAA